CAGUAUGACAUGCAGAUGAGUGCCGUCGAUCUUAGAAUCACCGCACACUUCACUCAUUUGGGCAGUCACGGGGCCAAAACCAGAGUGUGGAGCCACAGUGUGGCGGUGGAGGCAGCAGCAGCAAUGGGAGGCCAUACAGCACCCUAUGACAAAAUGGAACCCACCAGCAGUGUGAGGAGACCUGAAAGUGGCACAUGGCAGAGUGUGGCGAUGGAGACAGCAGCAAUGGGAGGCCGUACAGGGACCCAUGACACACUCUGGACCUGGCAGCAGCAUGAGGAGGCGGUACAGGGGCCCAUGACAGAUUACGGGCCUGGCAGCAGCAGUGGGCGGGCGGCGACCAUACAGCACCCUAUGACAAAAUGGAACCCACCAGCAGUGUGAGGAGACCUGAAAGUGGCACAU